CGGAGGCGGAAGCAGGAAGCCCGCUCCUGAGAGACAAACGAAGACCCAGCAGGUCGCCGGGACUGACCCGCCUCGACCUGUUUUGCGCUGUCGCUUGACGAGGCCCGGACCUGAAGCGCCGUCAUGUCUAAUAUGGAGAAGCAUCUUUUCAAUUUGAAAUUUGCUGCCAAAGAGCUUAACAGAAAUGCUAAAAAGUGUGAUAAAGAAGAAAAGCUUGAAAAGGCCAAAAUUAAGAAGGCCAUUCAGAAGGGUAACACCGAAGUGGCAAGAAUCCAUGCAGAAAAUGCCAUCCGGCAGAAGAACCAAGCAAUCAACUUCCUGCGCAUGAGCGCCCGGGUCGAUGCUGUAGCGGCAAGAGUGCAGACGGCUGUCACAAUGGGCAAAGUAACGAAAUCAAUGGCUGGGGUAGUGAAAUCAAUGGAUGUGACAUUGAAAAGUAUGAACUUAGAAAAGAUUUCUGCCCUGAUGGAUAAAUUCGAACAGCAGUUUGAAACCUUAGAUGUUCAGACAGCACAAAUGGAAGACACCAUGAGUAACACUACUACUUUAACAACACCACAAAACCAAGUAGAUAUGCUUCUUCAAGAAAUGGCUGAUGAAGCUGGGCUUGACCUGAAUAUGGAGCUACCUCAGGGACAAACAGGCUCUGUUGGCACAAGUGUUGCUUCAACAGAACAGGAUGAGCUCUCCCAGAGACUGGCACGCCUUCGUGAUCAAGUGUAAGGAAGAGUCAGAACUGCAGUUUUGUACAUAUGCUUCCAAAGCAUUCUCUGUACAUAUUUUGUGGCCUGACUGGGAUUUCUGUCAAGAUAACAUGCUAAUGAACACUUACCUUUUUUCCCCUCCACUGUGCUUUCUAAAAUGCAUUUAACUCAGUAGUAGUGUGCCAUAAGUGCAUUUUCUAUUCCUGUAUAGUACAUUUUGAAGCUGAAGGUUAUAUUUUUGCAGACCUCUUUUUCAGUGAUUAAAAUGUCAGUUUUAUUGGAUGUCACAGCAAGUAAUCAAACAGAAAGAACAGCUUGUAUAAUUUUUAAGUUAUAUAGCAAGUUUUUAAAUUAUGGAUAAUGUUUGCAAUUAAACUCCUGAGAUGGUGUACGUGAUUCACGUGGUGUCACAUUUUAUUAAUUAUCAAUUGGAUGGAAUGUAUUUAUACGUGUAUCCACCAGUAUUAAAUCACUGGAGAGCCUUUCCAAAAGAAGCAUACUUGUAGUGAGACUUAAAAUCAAGCAAUAGUUAUGCUGUCCUCCUGACUUAAAGCUUAUAUUGAUAUCAUCACUUCAGUACUAAAGGAAUAAAAUAUAUUUUUCAACAUUUUUGCCUAGAUUUCCUUAAAAAUAUACAUUACACUGCAAUAGAGAGGAAUGCUUGAUAUUUUAAAGAACUAAGCAAAACACCAAGUUUGAAAUGUCAUUUAGGACUGUGGUAUAGUUGGAUCUGAGAACCAUUUUGGUGUAGUGGUUAAGGCAUCAGGCUAGAAACCGGGAGACCAUGAGUUCUAGUCCUGCCUUAGGCACAAAGCCAGCUGGGUGACCUUGGGCCAGUCACUUUCCCUCAGCCCUAGGAAGGUGGCAAUGGCAAACCACUUCUGAAGAACUUUGCCAAGAAAACUGCAGGGUUUUGUACAGGCAGUGUCUGGGAAUCAGACACAAAUGGUUUAAAAAAAAAAAGUUGGAUCUGAUAGCUUUCUGUUGUGAAGGAGUGGAAUCAGAAAGUGGGGCAAUUUACUGAAUUGUAUCAUAAAAGAAAAUGAGCCUGAACAUACGUGAGCAUAUUUCUGAAGUCGUCUCUGCGGUAUGCUUGAAUGCUGUCUUUGUAUCUAUGCUUAAAGCAAAUGGUAAGAUAAAGAUACCUUCAACUCAA